GUUCGCCAUCAAAAAAUCGUAGACCUGGUUUCUUAAAAAUAUCAGAAUAUCCAAAAGGACUAGAACUCGAUAUUCCUUACUAUGAAUACGGAUUUGCAAUCGAAGUCCAAGGUAAACAACAUGAAAAAUAUGAUAAGUUCUUUCAUAAAGGAGAUCUAAAUAAUUUUAUCAAACAGCAAAAACGGGAUCAGGUCAAAAAAGAUCUUUGUGAAAAGAACCAGAUAAUCCUUAUCGAAGUAUGGUAUUUUGAAGACCCACAUAUAGUCAUCCUCCAACGACUUCAAGAACUGGGCAAGAAAUUUCUAUCCUGUAGACCAUCAUUUUUGAAUGGAAUGCAACUUGAUGGAUAUAACGAAGAGUUGCAACUAGGAUUCGAAUUUCAUGGCAGGCAACACUAUAGUCUUAAUUCAAUGUUUCAUAGGAGAGGCCAGAUAGAUUUGGAUGAACAGAGAAUACGCGAUCAGAAGAAGCGGGAUAUAUGCAAGGAGCAAGGCAUAUGUCUUAUCGAAGUGCCCUAUACUGCAGAUUUUUAUCCGUUCAUUAGACAUACAUUAAUCGAAAAGGGAUAUUUGGAUGAUGCAAGUGGGUAA